AUGGGUGUAUUUGGUGACUACAAUCAUACGGUAGGAUGUUGUGUGAAUGCAUUUGAGUUCGGUGUAUUUGGGCUGGGUGUAUUUGGGCUCGGUUUACUUGGUGGUUACUUGAGUUCAGCUUUCUUCGGUAAAUUAUUUCGGUUACAUGAAUUCAUUCCAUUUUUCGUGCACUUGUCUAGUUGCACCACCGGGGAGAAGGAACUUAACACCGUAUUCCACCAAUGUCCCACCUAUGACCCAUCCGUGCGAUAUUUCCAGAGUUUAGGAUCCCUUGCACUUGACACUACACGCAUAAACAAUUCUUUCUCCCUCUCGCUGCCUCCAAUUUUCUCUGGUUGCAUUACUCAAGGCUACGUUAUUGAUAUCAGUUGUUCCCUCUCUAUGAUUUAA